UAAGCAACCGGAAAGCCCAUUCCACCAAGUUUCCUGCAUGACUUUGGAGGGAAGCGGCAUUUUGUAUUAGUCCUGAAUUUGAACCUGUUUACAUGAUGCAGUCCACUAUGCAUGCAGCUGUCCUCAACUCUGGAACACAGAUUCCUCUCUUGGGCCUGGGCACGUACAAGCUACGCACUUAUGAAGAGCUGUACAAGUCCAUCAGUGCUGCCCUCGAUGCUGGCUAUCGUGCCUUUGACACGGCUGCAGCAUACGGUAAUGAAGCUCAACUAGGACGAGUCCUCAGGGAACUCCUGCCCAAACAUGGCCUAAAGCGUUCUGACGUGUUCCUCAUCAGCAAGCUUGGACCAGAAGACCACGGCCCCAGAGCCAAAGAGGGCUGUUUGAGGAGUCUGCAGCAGCUGGGUUGUGAAUACAUAGACCUGUAUCUGGUGCACUGGCCCGGAGUUGCGGAUUUGGAACCAACGGAUCCUCUCCAUGCCAAGUAUCGCUCGCAGAGCUGGGCUAUCCUGGAGGAACUCUAUGAUAGUGGCAAAAUCAAGGCCAUUGGGGUCUCUAACUACACAGUGAGCCAUCUUUUAGAGCUGCUAGGAAGCUGCCAUGUGCCUCCGGCAGUGCUGCAGAUGGAGUGUCACCCGAAACUUGUUCAGAAACAACUCAGGGAGGUAUGCAAAGAGGCAGGAGUUCACUUCCAAGCAUACUCGUCUCUCGGAAAGGGCGCACUCCUGGAGGAUCCGGAGGUGAAGGACCUGGCCGGGAGCCGUGGACGAACUCCAGCUCAGGUGUUACUCCGGUGGGCUGUUCAGCAGGGCAUUUCUGUUCUGCCUCGCUCAUCGCAGCCACAAAGCGUUCAGGAAAACAGCAGAAUCUUUGACUUUGAGCUAAGCAAUAAGGAAAUGCAGAGACUUUCAGACCUCAACUGCGAUACUAGGUAUUGUACAAGAGACUCCACCUCUAUUCGAUGAUAAUCUUGAUGAGUGUUUCAGGAACUGAGGAAUGAUUCAGGGCUUAAACAUGCCCGAUGUUCCACUCUAACAUUCAAGGCAAGUCGGCUAUGAUCUAGUGUGUUCAUUUUAUAAAAGUGUCAAUAAAGUAAUUGUUGCUCAACAU